CGAUGUACAACCCGGAAAUACAAGUGCUGUUGACAUUUCAGGGAAGACUGGGUUACAUUGAGUUCGACCCCGAAAAGCGAUGGCAGGGUUGGGAAGUGAGAAUGACCAGAAAAAGACUGCUAGAAGUCACAGCCCCCACUUUGAUAUGAACCCACAGACCCCGGUACUGCGUAUCAGUCAGCUGGAUGCCCUCGAGCUAGACUCAGCCCUUGAGCAGCUAGUGUGGACUCAGUUCUCGCUGUGCUUCCAAAACUGCCGCCCAGGCUUCCUCACUCCUCUGGAGCCUGAACUGAGGGUUUUGCUUCAUUUGCUCCUAUGGAGGUUCACACUCUAUUCUAACAGUGCCACGGUGGGGCAAUCUUUACUGAGCCUGCGCUACCACAGCAAAUUUUCCCUGUCUCCCCGUUACAGGCCUUUAUCCCCCAGGCAGAAGUUAGGUCUGGCCGUGCUCACUGCAGGGCCCCGCUGGCUCCAAGAGCGUUCCCACAGGCUGCUGCCGUACUUGGGUUUGAGUUCACAAGGAUCUGUGUCUGAAAGAGAGAGCGGUUUGCUCCAUCAGGGUCUCCGUAAUUCGCUGACGCUUGUUGCUGGUAUUGUUAAGUUCACAAAUCUGAUCAACUUCCUUGUGUUCCUAAGGAAUGGCCGGCAUCCCAUCCUCGCCGAAAGAAUCACAGGAGCUCAGACGGUUUUCAGUCAGCCAAAUGUGGCCCGGGAGGUAAACUACAAGUACAUGAACCGAGAACUACUUUGGCAUGGCUUUGCAGAGUUCCUCAUCUUCCUGUUCCCACUGAUCAAUACAAAGAAACUGAAGGCAACAAUACUGUCUGCUGUGUUUGGGGGGGAAAGUGCAAGCGGGGAGGGAGCAAGGGAAGGGCAAGAGUUGUGGAAAGAGUGUGGACUGUGCGGAGAGUGGCCAACCAUGCCUCAUACGGUGGGAUGCCAGCACGUUUUCUGCUACUACUGCAUUAAAAGCAACAGCAUUGCCGACCCUUAUCUCACUUGUCCCAAGUGCGGGGCGGAAGCAGGGCAGCCCAAGCUGGUCAAGCUGGAGGUGGAGAUGACUGACAGGUGAUAAUCAUCUCACACACAGAAGAAAUGAAAUGAAGUUGCUAUGAAAUUUCAGAUGGCUUUUGUUUUGUUUUGUUUUGUUUUGAAAGAUUUUGUCAUGUACAAGUUUAUAAUUAGACUUAUCUCCAUGAUGUCUUUUCUGAACACGCAUCAGCCUGCGAUGUUUAAUGUAUAUGUGCACAUAUUGACAGUCUGCUGCCCCUUCUGUUUUUCCAACUGGACUUUGGAAGGAACUAUUUGUCUUUGGUGCACUGGACAGACUGCGGAGAACGACACAGAGCAUAUAUUUGAUGAGUGAACGUGUUGAUUUAUGCUCCAAAUUGGCUCUGUGCUGACAUGUGUGUAUGUAUGAGUGUGUGUGUGUGUGUUUGUUGAAAUGGGAAUAUUUGUUCUGAUGAAAAAUGCAAAAAGUCAGCUGAAUAAAUAAUGGGAGGAAUUUCUGAUGCCUCUCAUCAUGGCCAAAUUAGCAUUUGUUGUGUAUUUUGUGCCUAAAUUGUAUUUCAACAUCAUUAAAAUUGA